AUGCUUUGCGUGUCGUGUUUUGGCACAUCCGCUCGCUUGUCGGCACUUCUUCUUGCCGUCGGAUGCCUUUUACUCCUCGACAGGUUCGCCGCUCCUACCCAGGCCCUGCUAGGAGGAGCUGACUCUAGGCCCACGCAAUGCCAUUUCUCCUAUUGUAGGAUUGCUCUUGUUUUGGUUACGAAUUUGUGGAAAUCCGCGAGGGGCGAAGCUUGCUUUGCGUUACGUUACUGGGAGUUCAACCCGCAGUCAUCACAACACAAGGCGAGGAAUCUGAGCCCCAGCGGCCUUGCAUCUCCCGAUGUAACUCGACCGGAUCGGGCCCGCAUCUUGGAGACCAAUGCCGGUGUACGGGACCUAGGUAUGAUCUUACCUCUCGCCACGGUUGUGGUCCGCGCCACCCUUACCUCUCGAAAUCCCAACUCAGAAGCGAGCGGUGAAGUCUCGUUUGCGAACACAUACGAUUUACUGUGUCUCGAUGUCGAAGUAUACGUAUCCCAGCCUCCCGUUGUGCUAUGUUUCUCCAAUUGUAAAAAAGAUCGCCAUGCUGUUGAUAUUUUGUUAUCUUUCGUGGUGGUGGCUAUCGAGCCCUCUGCCUGUUACGGAGGCUUCCUGCUGAGCCUCGGCCCAGGUUUGUUUAUCAAAAUGAUGGUCAUGCAACUUACGUCUCACGCAAUGCGGCUCAACUCAGCCACUCGAGAUCACCUUCCUGAAUUCCUCGUCAUGCUUUGCGAUAUCACCAGAUGCCACUUACAUUAG